CUCGUCGCCGACCCUGCCAUUCUGUCAGAGCGAGUCCAGAGCAGACAGAGAGAGGACGUGCUUCUCCUACAAAGAGGAAUCAGACAUCUGCCGAGCCGAGCCGAGCCGAGCCUGUAGUCGCGUUGCGUCUUUGCUUUAACCCGAACCAACCAACUCUGAAUUUGCAUUAAAUAUGUCUAACAUCGUUUGCUGUCAAACGCCUCAGGUUAUAAUGUAUGACCAACACAGAAUAAGUACAACUCUAUAGCCAACGGGAUCCCAAGGACUUGAUUACAGUCGCUUCAAGCCUGAUAGUUUGUCCGUGCGGCUGCUCCCCCUCUCCCUUCUGCUCACGCCCGUCUAGUCAACUGGCAUUUCUUCUAACAACUUCCCUCCUCGUGUGAAGAAGUCCUGAGUUCCACUGUGAUCUCAGUCUGCUUUGCCCAUCGCCUACCUUCGGUUCUACUCUCAGCAGUGCUGCUUCCCUGGAAUUGCAUUAUUCUUUAUUAGGCAUACCAUCAAAAUUCGCCAAGAUGAUUCCAAACGGUUAUUUGAUCUUUGAGGAUGAGAGUUUCCUGGAUUCCACUGUGGCCAAAAUGAACGCUCUGAGAAAGAGUGGUCAGUUCUGCGAUGUUAGACUGCAGGUGUGUGGUCAUGAGCUGAUGGCUCACCGUGCUGUUCUGGCUUGCUGCAGUCCCUACCUGUUUGAGAUCUUUAAUAGUGACAUCGAACCUCAUGGAGUCUCACAUGUCACCUUUGAGGACUUGGACCCGGAGGCUGUGGAGAUCUUGCUCAACUACGCCUAUACUGCCCAGCUAAAGGCAGACAAGGAACGGGUUAAGGAAGUUUACUCUGCAGCCAAAAGGUUCAAGAUGGAGCGAGUCAAACAGAUUUGUGGCGACUACCUGCUGUCUAAAAUGGAUUCCCAGAGCGCCAUCUCUUUCCGUAACUUUUCCAGCUCUAUGGGAGAUGCCAGAGUUUUGGCCAAGGUGGACGCCUUCAUCCAGGACCAUCUACUGGAAGUGUCUGAACAGGAGGACUUCCUCAAACUUCCCCGUCUCAAGUUAGAAGUAAUGCUAGAAGACAACCUGAGCCUGCCCAGCAAUGGAAAGCUCUACUCGAAGGUGCUCAACUGGGUGCAGCGCAGCCUCUGGGAGAAUGGAGACCAACUGGAGCGACUGAUGGAGGAGGUGCAAACGCUGUACUACUCUCCUGACCAUAAGCUGGUGGAUGGAGGGCUGGUGAUUGAUGGGCACAGUGAGGUGUUUGGUGGCGAGGAGGACCACCUUCAGUUUGUGCAGAAGAAACCCGUACGGGAGAGCACCCAGAGACAGAUGAGCUGCAGCUCCUCAGGAAGCCUGUCGCCCUCCAACCAAGCAGCAAAUGCCCCAAAACAGCCCGGCAGGAGAGAGUGGAAGUACAUCGCCUCUGAGAAGACCACAAACAACACCUACCUGUGUCUGGCUGUGCUGGACGGUGUGUUGUGUGUGAUCUUCCUGCACGGUCGCAGCAGCCCCCAGACCUCUCCCUCUGCCACCCCCUGCCUGAUGAAGAGCCUCAGCUUCGAGGCCCAACCCGAGGAGCUGGAGGAGCAGCCGCUCUCACCCAUGCAUUACGCUCGCUCUGGCCUGGGCACCGCAGCCCUGAACGGAAGACUCAUCGCAGCAGGAGGUUACAACAGAGAAGAGUGUCUGAGGACUGUGGAGUGUUACGACCCCAAAGAGGACCGCUGGACCUUCAUCGCUCCCAUGCGGACUCCAAGGGCUCGAUUUCAGAUGGCUGUGCUCAUGGGUCAGCUGUACGUGAUCGGAGGGUCGAAUGGACAUUCUGACGAGCUGAGCUGCGGGGAGACAUACAAUCCACAUGCUGAUGAAUGGGCUCAGGUGCCAGAGCUGAGGACAAACCGCUGCAAUGCAGGUGUCUGCUCAUUGAACAACAAACUCUACGUUGUGGGAGGGUCGGACCCCUGCGGGCAGAAGGGCCUGAAGAACUGUGAUGCUUUCGACCCUGUGAUCAAAACCUGGUCCAACUGUGCCUCUCUUAACAUCAGGAGGCACCAGGCAGCAGUGUGUGAAUUGGAUGGCUUCAUGUACGUGAUCGGAGGGGCGGAGUCCUGGAACUGCCUAAACACUGUGGAACGCUACAACCCUGAGAACAACACCUGGACCCUGAUUGCCCCCAUGAACGUGGCUCGCAGGGGAGCCGCCGUUGCUGUCCAUGCAGGCAAACUUUUUGUUGUUGGCGGCUUCGAUGGCUCCCACGCGCUCCGCUGUGUGGAGGUGUAUGACCCCGCCCGCAACGAGUGGAGGAUGCUGGGUAGCAUGACCUCUUCCCGCAGCAACGCGGGUGUGGCCAUGCUGGGAGAAACCAUCUACGCUGUGGGCGGCUUCGACGGAAACGAGUUCCUCAACACGAUGGAGGUGUACAGCCCCGAGACGGACGAGUGGAACGACUGCACCAAGGCCCCGUCUCCCCUCUCCGACUGAAGAUGGGGGAGACAGGGAGUUGGGAGGAGGAG